ACUCCUUGCUGCUACAGCUGUAAUAAUUAUAAAGCAAGAGCUAUAAAAUAACUAAUAAGUAUGACCACAAAAUCUGACCUCCAUUAUCUAACCCACCGUUCCCACAUUAUUAUUUUACUGCACGCAACACAAUACGUACAUGCAUAUUAUGUACAUAAGCACAACAUUGUCGUUAUAUUCUCUUAUCUCCGUCUGCCAACAUUCAUUCCCAAAUAACAAAAUCACUUCUGUAUUAAACCCACGUCGAAGAAAUAUUUCGGGCGACAUUCCAUCAGUUAAUCAUCAAUUGUCAAACUCAUCUCAUCUCAAGACUCCAACAACUUCACAUGAAAAAAUGUGUUAAUAAUAGUAGACUGCCGAUGGUCAUAAUCAUGCACAAUUCACUUCACGGCGCUACUCCUACGCCGACAGUAUGUUGAGAAGGAUAUCAAGGGACAAGGACGUCAACACGUCAAAAGACUGCUGGACAACGACUGUUUUUUGUCCAUGUAUUAUCAUCCAGAUUUUAAGUUUGUUGAAGAAAAUCACCGUUACGGUCAAUAGGAGUAGAAAAUCUUUGACUUACCCUAUGCACCUCUCAGCACAGAAUGCAAUUCAACGUUCGACUUGGUAUCCUUGCAGUGAUACUUUUAUCCGCCCUCUUCAUUCACCUAUUCUGGCCAGCUAGUGAAGAAGAAGACGCCGAGACGAAACUUCUUCGGCACUUGGUGUCACUAGAAACGGACAUCCAGCAGUAUGAAUCCAUUUUGUCUUCAGUUAAGAAGGAGAUUUUUAUGUUAAAGGAAACCGGUGGUGACCAACAUGGUCCAUCUGCGUCCAGUCAGAGUCAAGGACUGGCUAAAAUUUUCAAUAUGCGACGAAUCAAAACGCACAAUAUUUACGAUCCACUUCCACACCUUAUGGAUUACGAAGAGGCACUCAUUCCAGCCUUGACCUUGGGAAAGGACAGGGAAGGAGUGUCCGUGGUGCUUGGUAUUCCUACCGUGAAACGACCCACCCAGUCCUACCUGUUACCAACUCUUCAAAAUUUGUUGAGCUCAAUGAGCCCUGAAGAGAAAAACGAUACCUUAAUUAUAAUUUUUAUUGCCGAGUUUGAUGUUUCCUUCGUUGAGAGCACGGUCAACUCCAUAAUACGACAAUUCAAAGAUGAUGUGGAUUCUGGUCUCGUAGAAAUAAUUGCACCCUCUGCUAGUUUUUAUCCUGAUCUUAAGUCAAUCAAAAGUACCUUGGGGGAUUCGGAUGAGAGGACGCGUUGGCGUACCAAGCAGAACUUGGACUACGCGUAUUUAAUGAUGUAUGCUAAAAACCGAGGAAAGUAUUAUGUUCAGCUGGAAGAUGAUGUUCUCAGUCGGCGUGGAUUUAUCACCACAAUGAAAGAUUUUGCCCUCAAGACUACGGUGAAAACGAGUGACUGGUUCAUGCUCGAUUUUUGCCAACUUGGAUUCAUUGGAAAGCUGUUUAGAGGUUCCGACCUGUGGAAAUUAGUUGAAUUUAUACUUUUGUUCUUCAAAGAUAAGCCUGGAGAUUGGCUUUUGUCGCACUUUUUCAGCGUAAAGUACUGCAAACUUGACUAUAAUCACAAACGUUGCCUUCGAGAACUAGAACGACAUUGGAUCCAUUUCAAGCCUUCUUUGUUCCAACACAUUGGAAUGAUCUCUUCUCUUAAUGGAAAAGUACAGAAAUUAAAGGAUCGUCAAUUUGGAAAGUUGGAACUUUUCACGAGACAUGCAAAUCCAACGGCUCGAGUAGAAACUAGUAUUAAGCAUUACGGGAGAUUUUCUUUAGAGAAAGCGUACAAAGGAAUGAAUUUUUUCUGGGGAUUGGCACCUCAAGCUGGUGACACGAUCAAAUUUAUUUUUCCGUCACCACUUUGUCUGAAAAGUUAUAGGUUUGUGAGUGGAAAUGCAGAGCAUCCCUCGGAUAAGUUACACAAUGCAACGUUUGAAGUUCGAACAGUCUCCACUGCUGCACACGAACAAAAAAAUUAUGUCAAGUCAGAGGACGGAUUUAUUACUUUGGGUGACUUUGAUGAGUUUGGAGUGUUGGAUGGUCAGAUAGAGCCUGAAAUGUGUCCGAUCUCCGCCGUCCGAAUUACUUUACAAAACUCAAGUGACUUUUGGGUGAUUCUCAGCGAGAUAUUUCUCGAAACGUCGUAACUACAUACUGCAUAAACAACGAGUGAAGCUUAACGAAAUGCCAAUAUGUGAUUAUGCAACAGCGUCAAUCAAACGCGAAAAUUUAUCGAACAUUAAAUGGUGCAAAACGUACUUGUGGAUUUUAUAGUUUUUUUCAUUGAUAUAGAAAACCGAUUCUAGUGUUGUUUAUACUUAAAAAAUAUACAAUAUCCAUACACUGGUUGAAAAUAUGAACUGAAAUUAUAUUGACUUUAAUUUUUGUAGGACAUUUUUUGGUAACUUUCUCCGCACUCUGACAAUGAAUCAAAUGAAUGUGAAAUUAGUAACAAAGAGUAGUGAAAGCUAUAUGUUUGUUAUGCUCUCAUGCAAAGCUACUUAUAUGAGGAUCGAUAUAUAAGACUUACAACUGAAAUUGAACCACUAGUAUUAUUCCGACAUUCCUUUUUUGUUGUAGUGGAAAAAGUAUCUAAUUUAAUAGUUUGCUCUUCUAGUUUUUUAAUAAUUUAAUAAUACCACCGACAACUUAACUUUAUGAGAUGAGAUGAGCUUUAAAAGUCUGUGAAAUCAAACGCAUAAUACAUAAUAAUAAAUUAUAUAAAUACGUCA